AUGACUUUGAAUUCUUGGGGCUUUUGUGGUUGUUGUUUAAUAAUAAUUGGGCAUGGAUUAUGUUCUUCUGGUUUAUUUUGUUUAUCAAAUAUUAUUUAUGAGCGAUUAGGGAGUCAUUAUAAAUCAUUAUUGUUUAUGAGAUUUGUAAUAUAUAUUUCUUCUUUAGUAAUUUAUUGUAGAGAUAGAUAUAUGAUGGGUGAUCAUAAUCUAUCUCGUUUUGUUAUUUUGAAUGUUAAGUCUUAUAAUGCUGGUAUAAUUACAGCUUUAUCUAACCGUAUUGGUGAUGUAGCAUUAUUAUUAUUAUUGAUUGCUUGA